AUGGCACCGAAAAAGGUAGCAGCUUAUGGGGCCGUUUCCAAUAAUGAUGUUAGCUGUUUAAAUAAAACUAUCGAGGAUCUGAGGUCACAACUAGCUUCCAUUACUGAGAAAUAUGAAAAACAACAAGAUCUAAUUGCGCAUUUAACUAGAUCUGUUGAAAUACUUACAAAGGUCAACGAAGAACUUAAGAAUGAUAUUAAUAAUUUGAAAGCUUCGUCUUUGGGUAACUUCGAGCAUUCAAAAAUUGAAACUGAAGAAGUAUUGGAAACCAUUGAAGAAUAUUUUGAAAAGAAGGAAAAAGAACCAUGUCUAGUUGGCAUAAACAUUCCAGAGAAAUCUACGGAUGAUGAAUCUGCUACUGCCGAUAGGCUUUUAGCAGAAAACAUUGUAGUUGCCGCUGGGUUCAAGGCUGAAUUUAUUAAGGAAGUUCGUCGUCAUGGAAGGAAGGGGACAGCGAGGCCACGAGUACUUAAAAUUCGUCUCGAAGAUAAGCAUAUGGCCAUGUCUAUUUUGCGUAACAAAGAUGUGCGCUCGAUCGUUCCCUCUGGAAGUUUUUUGCGAAAAGAUCUGACGAAAAGAGAAUUAUUGCUAGAUAAACAGCUGCGAAAAGAACGUUAUACACGAAAUCAAAGUCUGAAAAAGUAUAUCGUCAGAAAUCUUCAAAUAGUGGAACUCAGGCAGCCUCACCAAUGGAUUGCACCGACGAGCAAUUUUUUGAUUCCAUAUUCUCAUCAGUCUGCAGCAGCCUAG